AUGGCGGACAAAAACAAACUGGAUGAGAUGGACAACAGUAAUGUAUGUGAUAACAGCAAACCUGAGCUGAAAGCAGUUGGUCCAGAAGUGAAAAUAGAUUUUAAAACACUUUCUAAUGAGACGCAAAACAUCCAAGAUUCUUUUAAAGUGCCAGGAUUACCUGUAAUACCUCAAAGUAAACAUGACACCACGAAAACACCAAUUGAUAACACUGAUAAAGUUACUACCGCUGAUCCUAAAGAAGACAAUGUCAAAUGUGAUGAAAAGAACAUUUACAAAGAAUCAUCAAGUAAAACAACUAAACUGACAAAUGAAAAACAUUUGGAAGAGAUUAGUAAUGACAGAUCUAAAAACCAAUCUACUUCAAAGAAAAGUACACUUUCUCCAGCAGAACAACUAAAGCAAACACAAGUGGUUAUUCCGUAUAAAGAGCCUGGGUGGAGUGGCCUGCCAGGGGAGAAGUAUUCAUUCGAUGUCCUCAAGAAUGGCACAAUAGUGUCUACCAUCGACCUUGAGAAGCCAUAUUACGUUUUUGGUAGACUACCUAGCUGUGAUGUUACAAUGGAUCACCCAUCACUAUCGCGGUACCACGCUGUCAUACAAUACUGUAAGAACACAGAGGAAGGACGGGAGAAGGGAUGGUAUCUUUAUGAUCUUGACAGUACGCAUGGAACAUGGAUAAACAAGCACAAGACUUACCCCAAUAAAUAUUACAGAAUACGUGUUGGUCACAUGGUAAAAUUCGGAGGAAGUACACGUCUUCAUAUUUUACAAGGUCCAGAUGAAGACACAGAAGAAGAAUCAGACUUGACACCUACAGAGAUGAAGGAACAGCGAGACAGACAGAAAAAAGAAGCAGAGAUACUACGCCAGGCAGAGAUAGCUGCUGAGGAACGGAAACUAGAGGAAUUGAAAAGAAUAGAGGAAGCUAGGGGAUGUUCUUGGGGCAUGGGUGAUGAUGCUGCUGACGAAGAAGAUGAGGGAGAAAAAGGAGAAAGUGUAAUGGAACAUGCUCUGAAUAUCCUUACUCCAGAAAGUGAAGCACUCUAUAUUAAUGACCCAAAGAAAGCUCUGAAGGGAUACUUUGAAAGAGAAGGUUGUGAAGAACCUGAAUAUGAAGUGGUGGAGGCUGGAAAGGGGAAAUACAAGUGUACUGUGGAGUUGCCAGUGGAUACAGCAGCAGGAGAGCCAAUGGUUGCAGAGGCAGUUGUGUCAGGUAAAAAGAAGGAUGCUGUGGUGCAAUGUGCUUUGGAGGCUUGCAGAAUGCUGGACAGACAGGGCCUUCUCAGGGCUUCAAAACAUGAAAGUAGGAAAAAGAAAAAGAAGAAUUGGGCUGAUGAUGACUACUACGACAGUGAUGAUGAUAUAUAUCUUGACCGUACUGGAGACAUAGAGAAGAAACGGAAACAGAGAAUGAACAAGGCAGGCAAGAGUGAGGAAGCAACACAGACCUAUGACAUGCUGAUAGAAAAGCAUCAAAACAUUGUACAAGAAAUACAAGAAAUAGAGACAAAACUGGACAAGGCAAAAGCAGAAGCAGCUGCGGCCAUGACAGAAGGGGAGGUGGAUGCCCUUGAUGCAUACAUGUCUGCCAUUAAAUCCGGCAUGAUGGACACCAAGACCAAGAUGAAGUUGAAACGUCAACUCAUGGAGCUGAAACAAGAGGAACAGAAAACACGCAAACUUGUCAACAUAGCUAAACCUGCCAUGCUGCCUGAACUAAAAAGACCAGAUCCCUCUCUUACUAAGAAGGCUGAUGUGAAAGGACUUCCAGCUUUUGGAAAGAUAAAAAGUCUGCAAAAAGUCAAUAAAAAGACUUCAGCACCAGUGAACAUUCCUAUGAGGUUUGACAAUAACAAAAUGAAAGAUAUGGAAGAGGAGGAAGAGGAAGAAGAAGAAGAUGAAAAAGCUAUUUCAAAAGAUGAGUUAAAUACUAAAAUCCAAGAUUCUGAUGUAAAACAAGGUUUAAGUGCUGCCAAAUCAGUGAUAGUGACUGUGAACAAAUCUAGUGAGGUGAAGGAUUCAGACAGAUCUGAUGGGUCACAACCCAAACAACAGAGAGCUGCCCGUCCUGAGAUGUUAGAGGAUGACAAGGAUGUGACAGAGAGUGUACAGACCUCUAUGUGUGGAACUGUUCUCAGUCGCACACACAACAAUGUAAACACAACGGAUGAAAUCAGUGAUGUAUCACAAAGAGUGAAGGAAAGUGAGGUCACUGAUCUGCAGACACCACAAGUAAAACGUCAACACAAAACAGAAUCAACAGAUAGGAAAAGUAAGAAAAGAAAACCGGAUCUUGACCAAGUAGGAGGAACAUAUGACAGUACAGACCCUGACUAUGCAGUGUGGGUGCCACCAUCAAACCAAUCAGGAGAUGGCAAAACACAUCUUAAUGACAAGUUUGGGUAUUAAACGGGUCUUCAUGGCAUGGAUUACAAACUAAUUUCCCAUUGGCCUGUAUAAAAAUGAUGGAGCUUGUGAAGGGUUACUGUGGUAACAUACAAAUUGUGAUUACCUUAGGAACUAAAUGACAUCAUAUUUGAUCAAGUGUAGUGUAAUAUGUUGACUCUAUCCUACACUACAGAAAUGGUGGAAUUCUCUGGCAGAGUGUAUGGUUUCCAUACAAUAUGAACAGGACAUUAUCAAGUUUCAAUCAGUGAGAAUGAUUUAACCAGAGUUAUUUAGAGACUAAUUGAAAGAUAAUUUUAGGCAAAGUAGUGCAUUGUUUAUAUGUAUUUUGCCUUCAUUAAGCUGUAAAUUUUAGAGGAUCAGGUCUAUAUAUUUUGCAAUAAUUUCUAUGUUAAAAUUCAUCAGUAAUUUCAUCUUUUUUUUCGUAUGGAGUAUUGCAUCAAUCCUAUGUCAUAUUUCUGUGUCCGUUACAGGUGUUUAUGAGUGGGAAGUUGUCAACAGGUGAAUGAAAGCAAUUGUAUGUAUCACCAAUUUGAUUGAAUCCUGGCCAAUUAUACAAUAAAACCAUUUGAUCACAAUA